CGCCGCCUCAAAAACAAAUACUCUGAAUUAUGAAUACGUAGUAGUAGUAUAAAAAGAAUCAUGAAUUAAACCCUAACUGCACUCUUUUUACGAAGCUCCGUAUAGCCGGCCAGCGCCUGAUGGUGCUCAUUCCUUGUUACGGAGUCCGAAAAGACAUCCUGCAAUCAGUUGGGAAAAAUCCAUUGAAAAUACUACCCCCAGAAAUCAUCCGCAAUAUAUUUCAUAGGUUGUAGGUGAAGUAUCUAUUCAGAUCCCAGUGUGUAUGUCGAGAGUGGAACUCCUUCAUUAUUUAUCACUUCAAGGUCGCCCACCUUCCAAAACUGCAACUUCUGGUCGUCUCUCUAAGGCGCGGAAAAGGAAGAAGAUUAACCAUCAGAUCAAUGGGCCAUGAUCUUAACAUUGAAAGGGUAACCUCCUUCAGAGAGCCUUUAUUCUUUCAUGGUGAACUCACAAGAAUUUUGUGUUCCUGCAAUGGUGUUGUGCUUGUUGCCGCUGGACAAAAUGUUUUGUUGUGGAACCCCAUUACUAGGUGGUGCAGAGUUGUGCUGAAACACAGAUCUCUUAGGAAUCCCGGAAAUAGUGUUCUUGGGGGCAUUUGUUAUGAUUCCUCCACAAAGGAUUACAAAUUUGUGUUUUUUAUAAGCCGUGAAAGUGGGUUUUCUGGUCGUGCUCUUGGUGGAUUUGUUUUUUCUGCCAGCCUGCAAAACAACAAAGCCUGGACACUUCUGUCCUUCCCAUAUAAUUCGUACUCUCCCCGAAGCGGUGUCAACUUUAACAAUACAUUUCAUUGGAGGGUAAGUGACGUCAAGCGUCCCUGUGCACUACUCAAACCCCAUCAACAUGAUUAUAGUGAAUCAGAUUCCACUGGAUUGGAUGAUUAUAGUGAAUCACAUUCCUGUGGAUUCGACUCCGAUGAGGAUGGUUCUGGUUGGGUUUGGGACAACUCUUUGGGAUGCAAUAACAUUGCUUAUUUCGAUCCCAUAAACGAAGAGUUCAAGACAUUGCCCUCUCCUGACCCGUGCAACACGGAAGAAGAAGAUUCCAUAGUCGGACUUGGGAUCAUAGAUGAUUGUUUAUGCAUGGCUCGCACGGAUGACAAGAUGCAAAUGGUUCAAGUUUUGAUUAUGAAAGAAUGUGGAAAACGAGAGUCUUGGUUCAAAGCAUUUGACAUUCCCAUGUCAAAAUUUGAAAAACAAGACGACUUUUACGACAUCAAAUUGUUUUCUAAAAAAGGGAAUAAUGCAAAAGUGCUCAUCAUAUCUGGUCAAAAAAUAGCGUACAUUUAUGAUUCAGCAAGUGAAGAUGUACUAUCACAAGUAUGUUUGGU